UGGCCAGGCUUGGAGCAGGAGGACCUGGAGUGGCAGCCACACUCCCUACCUGAGGACCCAGGAUCAUAUGCAAGGCCCACUGGCAGGAGUGAAGGAGGGCCUCGCCCUGAGAGGCCCAUGGUGCCUCCUAAGCCUGUACUCUGGGCGCUCCUGCUGGCUCUGCUGGGUCUUGUGCCUGGCCAGGCAGGGCUCCGUGCCUGCAGCGUCCCUGACGUGCUCCGCCACUACCGUGCGGUCAUCUUUGAGGACCUGCAGGCUGCUGUGAGGCAGGGUGGGCCAGGGGCACAGUGGACGGGGCCGGGCUCCUCAGACCUCCAUUUCACUCAGAAAAACCUGACUGGAGCUGCAGCCCCUGGAUGGCAGGGUCGGGUGGGAGCUUCCUGCAGUGCCCAGAAGGAGCACAGUAUCCUACUGUCCAUUGCGUCCCUGGGUCGGACCAUGCGCAGGGUGGUGGCCCGGGGCCGCCGUGGGGCGCUGGAGAAAGCUGCGUGGACCGUAGCCUUGCGCACUGAAGCGGUGAUGCGGCGCCAUUGCUGGAUGCUGCGCCAGCGGAGCCGGUGGCCCAAGAGGCGCCCUCCCCGGCGUCGCAGCAGCAGGAGGCGGCUCCUACUGCGCGCCCUGGACGCCGUCGCCACCUGCUGGGAGAAACUCUUCGCGCUGCGUGCGGCGGCCACGGAGGGCGCCUAGCGCGCGUCCUGCGCGGGCCCCAGAACAGCCGGCGGGGCCGCGGAGCCUGGGAACGAGCUUCGUUUUGUGACGACUGCGGUCUCUCCCUCUUGUUGGCUUACCGCUGGGUCCCGGCCCCUCCCUUGUCGUGGCCCGCGCUCCUCGGAGGGCCCUAGACCUGGAGAUGAUGCUCCAGGCACCAAGCCAGGACUCAAUAAACUGCUGGUGCUGCGGUCUGGUCUUCUUCCCUUCGCACGCUGCGUGUGGGGCCGGCAGCCCCCGGGUCUGUGGCUCGGAUGGAAGCCGGCACCCGCUAGGGGAGUCAGCCCCACCCGCCCCACCUGGAGGAGGACCGGGGCGCUGCGCUCCCAGCCUUGGGCAGCAGGGGGCGGCUCG